UUUAAAACAUUUAUAUAUACAAACACAAUUCACCAAAAACAUUUGCAGCGUAAGAGAAGAGAAGAUAGAAGCCAUGGAAGCAACACAUCCUCUUUCUAUUGAAAGUUUUUCAUAUAGUUGGUUACUCAACCUUAAAUCAUCACUAGAUCAAACCCUUCAAACUUCUUCUUCCUUUAGAAUCUAUGUUGAUGCUUCUGAUGAAUUAGGUUCUUCUUUCAUUGAAAUGGAUCCAAGAAUGCCACCUUCUAGAAGAUUCUUUGUAAACUCACAAGAUUUCAAAUUUGACUUUCCAACUUCACAACAAUCUUCUCUCAAUACUCUUGUUCAUGCUGAUCAACUCUUUUCCAAUGGUUACUUAAUGCCACUUUCUGAUGAUUCAUUGAAAAAUAUUGAACCAUAUGAUAAAGAUUCUUCAAAUUCAACCUUACCUUCUUCUUUCAUAUCACAUGUACCCAAAAAAGUGGUUUCUUUAGAAAAUUCUAGAACUCCUUCAUUGAAAAGGUGUAGAACAUUAUCAAGAAGAAUGUUUCAAAAGUACUUGAAAUUUUUGAAGCCUUUGUGUAGAAGACUGAGGGGUCAAAAACCAGGAUCAUCAAAACAUGAAAAUGGUAUGAAAAGAACUCAAUCAGGGAAGAACUAUAGAGGAAAUUACUGUGAAUCAUCUCCAAGAAUUAGCGUUGCUUGUUCCACGGACUAUUCGCGCAUGUCAUGUGACUCUGAUAGUUCAAUCUAUGAAGCUGUUCUUCAUUGCAAAAGAUCUAUUGAAAGAAUGAGUUAAGGAUGCUGAAGUGCAAAUCAGUGUUUUGAAAAAUUAUUGCAGUAACCAAAAUUUCGGCCGAAACAUUGAGAAUUUUGGUGCAAACAAGUCCAAUAGAGAUUAUUUAUAGGAAAUAAGUAUAUGGUGGGUGAGGUACAAAUCAAGUCCUUGAAUGAUGGUCUUUUUGUUCCUCUUCUUUGGUCUGCUGGACACCUAAUAAGAUAAGAAACUCUGAAGUUUGUAUGCAAAUUUUGACAGGAUUGUUACUUAGACAAAAUUAGACAACAGAUGUACAACAAUUGUAUUGCAUUGAAUGUAGAUCUUUAAUCAUAUAUUCUGUAAUUAAAGGUUAAAUCAAGGUCUAAUGUGAAAAAAUUGUUCUAAACUGUCAUUGUUAAGGUUUUGAGAUCAAUUGUACACCACACAUAUCUUUCAGCUUCA